AUGAAGAUCCUUAUAAUUCUACUCGUGACUUUUCACACGUCCCAAGCCAUUGUGUCCAAAUCUAUUGUUAACGAAAGAUGGAACAAAUUUAAGCAAUCAAACACGGGAUGUUUCGACAACCCGAGAGAAGAACGCUUCAGAAAAACAAUUUUCAAUAAGAAGAUACAAGAAAUAGAAGAUCACAACGAAAGGUACAGAAAGGGUUUAGAAACCUACAAAAUGGGCAUCAACCAAUUUGCCGAUUACACAGAAGAAGAACUGAUGGUGUACACUUACGGGUUAGAAGUGCCAUUGGAAGAACCAGAGCCUUUGAUUCGGAUUGAAACUAAUGGAUCUUUUGCAACGAGAAUAGGGCUACCGGCGUCUUUCGACUGGCGUGACAGUGGCAUGGUAACGCCCGUUAAACACCAAGGAGGUUGUGGUUCCUGCUGGGCGUUUUCGACCAUCGCUGCACUCGAAUCCCAUUACAAAAUUCAGUAUGGUUCUACGGUUACUAUGAGCGAACAGCAACUGGUGGAUUGUAUUCCGGAAGGUGGGGGUUGUACGGCAGGAUGGGUAACAGGUGCCUAUAGGUAUAUUGAAAAAAAUGGAGGAAUUAACUAUGAUCGGGAUUAUCCCUAUCAAGGCAAAGUUGUCUCUUGUCGAUAUAACUCUGAUAAAUUGAAAGUCAGUAUCAGAGGGUAUGCGUACUUGACUGAACCUAAUGAAGACAUGAUUAAGGAUAUGGUUGCAACUCAAGGACCUGUUUCUGUCGUCAUAGAUGCUCGUGGUCCUUUUUCUAGUUAUAGUGGUGGUGUUUACUACAACCCUUCAUGUACCACGACUACUUUCACACAUGCGGUUUUGAUUGUUGGAUAUGGUAACGAAAAUGGACAAGAUUAUUGGUUGGUGAAGAAUUCGUGGGGUCCGAAAUGGGGGCUGGGUGGGUACAUUAAGAUGGCGCGGAAUCGUAACAACCAUUGUGGGAUUGCCAGCUACGCCACUUAUCCUGUUUUUUGA